UCACAGUGAACAAUGGCGUUCGAGAGAGAGGAGAGAAUCUUGCUGGAGAUGCAGUUGUUGAAUGUUGAAGAAAGUAUCCUUAUCCUGAAUCGAGUUCUUCGCAACAGAAGAAGGGUCUGGAGACGGAGGAGAUGGAAUGUGCGCCCAACGAACCAAUCGAGGCAGAAUACGGGCGAAUUUUCAGUGCUUGUUCGACCUUUGCGAGACAUUGAUGAAGAAAUGCUUUUCGGGAACUUUAGAAUGUCGCCAAGUCGAUUUGACGAUCUGCUUAGUCGUGUGCAGCCGCUGAUAUCUCACCAGAGCACACACUCCAUGCCUGUUGAUGCUGCCCAAAGACUUGCAGUUACGUUGCAAAUUUUAGCGUCUGGUGGCAGCCAACAGUCUGUUGCAGCGAGCUACAAGUUGUCCUCCAGCACUGCGUCUGGUAUACUGUCAGAGGUCUGCAAAGCUUUAUGGACGGUCCUGCAGCCUGAAUUUCUUCCAUGCCCUUCAACUAGCCAGUGGGAAGGUAUUGCUGCAGAGUUUUGGCAGUUGUGGAACUUCCCGAACUGUAUAGGAAGCGUCGACGGGAAGCACAUCAAAAUCAAGGCACCGCGACGCUCCAAGAGUGGCUACUUCAAGGGUUCUCGCUCCAUAGUUAUGAUGGCAACAUGUGAUGCAAGGUAUCGCUUCACCAUGUUGGACAUGGGCGAAUAUGGAAGGGAAAGUGACGGGGGCAUUUUCAAGGAGAGCAAAUUUGGUUCGAUGCUGCUCGACCAUGAGCUCAAUCUGCCCGCACCAGCGAAACUCCCUGGAACACAAGUCCAAAUCCCCCAUGUGAUUGUUGGUGAUGCUGCCUUCCCCCUGCACAGCAAUCUCAUGUCCCCCUUCCCAGGGGCAAAUCUGAGCAUGGAGAAGCAGAACUUCAAUUACCGUCUUUCCAGAGCCAGGCGGGUCAUUGAAAACAGCUUUGGAAUCAUGAUGGCAAGGUGGAGGAUUCUUGGACGGCAUGUUGAGUUCCUGCCAGAGAAGACCGUGGAUGUUGUAAAGGCAUGUGUUGUCCUGCACAACUACCUGGCCUACACUGACGAUCUGAACACACCAGAGACCAAAUACAUACCACCAAGCUUUGCGGACUAUGAUUCAGGUGGAUUAGUGGAGCCUGGGGAGUGGCGAAGCCUGGUAGCAGGGGACUCAAAUCUGAUGGGGCCCAUAGAUCCCUCACAUAUGUCAAAGAACCGUUCCAACACAGCUGCCCAGGCUGUCCGCAACCAUUUGACUGCCUUCUUUCUGUCACCGCAGGGAAGUGUGGAAUGAAACUGCAUGUCUUGAAUCAUUAAUCCAUCCAUUGAACCAGACAUCCCCCUCUGUCCACCUUCUUCACCCCUUUUUACGAAGAUGGUACAAUGUCAGUACCAAAGUAUCCUGGGUCUGUUUUGGAUACAACCUGAACAAAUCCAGAACAAUUUCUCCAGGAAGAAGAAAAAUAGACCAACAUACAAAAAACCCUGCAAAAUUUAUAACAAUGUGCUCAAUUUAAAGCAGCAACAGCAAGAACAAAAUACAAAAAUAACAUAAUCAACAAAACAAAAAGGAAAAAAAAUAUUGGGCACGAUUCCUUAAAAAAAAAGAAAACAAGUUUAUUUUAUUUGAUUAUCCAAUUCAUAUUUUGAUGAAACGUUAUAUCACAACAAGAUUAUAGUUUUUCAGCACAAAGCCUGAUAUAAAAUGGUUAACUAUGUCAGCUAAGCAGCUUUCUUUUUAAAUGCAACUUUGUUGUAUUUACAGUCCAUCUCCUUCGUAUUUCUAGGCCCCACUUCUUCACACAGACUUCCCGUCAUCCAGAUAAAUGCCACUAAAUGGAUCCAUUCCUCUUUUCCUCUUGGUCUUCUAGUUCACAUUUUCGUAAAUCAAAUCGUUUGCUUUGCCAGAGUUUGGCAAGUUAGCGCUGUUCAGCCCAGAUCCUUAGCAGCUUGUUUCAUUUCACUGCAGUUGACAUAAAUGUCAUCCAUUGUUGUCUAGAAUUAAAGCAAACAUUUGAAUGGGUUAAUUUUUGUCCAGGUAAAUUUAAUUAGAUUCCUGAGUAUUAAAAUUAACGUAUAGGAGGUAAAACUCAAUUUAAAGUACCUCCUUGUCAUCUUCUUUAAAAAGUUGACCAGAAGCAGCAGUGUUGGUUUCAGCUUUACUCAGAGCCCUGAAAAAUACAAAAGAACAUAUUAAAUGUAAAAGAAACUCAUGUAUUGGUCCAUUGAGUAAGGCCACAGAAGAGGCAAGUUCUUGGGGAAAAAAAAAUCACAAAUGAAAAAUAACUAGACUGGUCAACCAACAGAAAGUGGGUCACAUUAACUGAUUGACCAAGAGGCUUGAAAAAUGUUAAGCAACUGAAGUAAAACAUCAGACAAAAGAUAAAGUAUGAAAGUCCUUAGAGUCAUGUGUGCUUAUGUGGUCAGAAAAAGGUUGGAGGGAAAUUUGAGAAGAUGAAAGAAGGAUUAUAUCAUAAGGAGGAUGUUACCAGUAUUACUGCUGCUGAUUGAUACUCAAAUUUACUAUCAGAAAAUUUUCCUUUUUUCUACAUCUUCUAUUAUUUUCAAAAUUAAAAAUGUUAACGUGUGUUGCUUUUGGAGAAAAUAUAGAAUGUUCCACAGUCUUCUUACGGUGUUAUGGUCUUAAUCUCUUUUUCUUUUAUUUUGAGUCUUCUUAUGUUAAACCUGUGUUUUUCUACUUGCUGCCCUUUGAUUUUGUACUCCUGUUAAGUUGGUAUGCUUAACUUCCUGUUUUAUUUUGAAACAGUUUUUCUUACAAUUGCAAUAUCUUUUUUGACUUCCAGACAAUGUGAAGAGGAAGGCUAUAUUUUUAUUUUGUAAAGGGCAAAAAGCCCACUGUACUUUUUUACAAGAAACUCAUUCAGGCGACACUGAUGCCACCUUCUGGUCCAACCAGUGGGGUGAAAAAAUCCUGUUUAGCCACGGCUCUAGUCGUUCAGGUGGUGUAGCCAUAUGUUUCAAUAGAUGCCCUGGAAAAGUCAUGACUUUCAGAGGUGAUGAAGAUGGUCAUUGGCUUGCAGCUGUGUUAAAUGUUGAAGGAACUUUGUCAUUGUGAUAAAUGUUUAUGGAUACAAUAAUAGUAACCUAAACAAAUUGUUGUUAUUGAAAGUGGCAGAUGUUAUUUCUGAUUAUAAGGAAGUUUCUCAUUCUGAGUUUAUUUUAAUUUGAGGAGACCUACAUUUGACACCUGAUGAAUGGCAGGAUAGAUGCCCCUCUAAAUACAAUGCUAACCAUUAUAAUAAGAUUUUCUUUGAUUUUAUUGACUCCAAUAAUUUAAUAGAUAUUUGGAGGGAUAGGAAUCCAGCAGUUUGACAAUUUUCAUGGGUUAAGCCAAAUGCCAGCUGUAAAUCUAGAAUAGAUUUAUGGUUAGCUACUUCCAAAAUUGUGAGGUAUGUAUCAAAUGUGGCUAUUUCUAGCACUCCCUUAACAGAUCAUUGUGUAAUACAUCUUGUAUUGGAUCCAGAAAGUAGGACUUAAUUUUAAAAAGAUUAUUGGAAGUUUAAUGCAGAGCUGUUAAAAGAUGAGGCAUAUGUUAAAUCUAUUAAAGAUUUAUUACAGAAGAUUAAGAAAGAUAGGAGUAUAGUUAGUUGUAGUAAUAGAUGGGAAUUUUUCAAAUUUAAAGUGAAAGAGUUUUCUAUAAAUUUUAGCCAAUCUAAAUGUAGACAACAAAGAGAAUAUGAGGUCCAAUUGGUGCAGGAUAUAAGUGUUUGUUGUAACAAGACAUUCAUCUCUGAUCUUGAUAAAAGUAAUUUUAUUAGGUUACAGGAGAAACCUGAUAAUCUAUAUCUUAAAAAAGCACAAGGUGCAUAUAUUAGAGCUUGUGUUAAAUGGAUAGAAGAAGGGGAAAAGAACACAGCUUAUUUCAAUGGACUAGAAAAAAGGAGACGAGAGAGAAAGGCAAUUAACAGGUUAAUGAUUAAUGAUGUUGAAUGUACAGAUCAUAAAAUGAUAUCUGAGGAAAUCUACAGAUUUUAUUCAAAACUUUAUUCAUCAGAAUAUUCUGUUGAUGAUUCGACGGCCUUUCUAGAAAGUGUUAAAAGUAAUAUCCCCAAGAUAGAUUUAGCGUUUAGAGAGAUUUGUGACUCUGAGAUCCAUAUGACAGAAUUAACCAGUGCGGUUAAGAAAAUAGUCGUUGGAAAAGCUCCAGGACAAGAUGGUCUGACCUCAAAUUUUUAUAAAUUCUUUUGGAAGGAUAUAAAAAGGGAUUUUGUUUGAUGCUAUAAAUUACAUUAUAAGGAAUAGGACUUUAACCCCUACAAAUUAAGCAGGGAUUAAUACAUUUUAUACCCAAACAAGGUAAAGACAAAAGAUAUAUUGACAAUCUACGCCCUAUUACCCUACUGAACACUGAUUAAAAACUGCUUACACAUGUGAUUGCUGACAGAUUAAGGGGCGGUAUGAUCUUUGGUAUGACACAGAUUAUAAGUGACACCCAGUCUGGUUUCCGGACAGAUCCAUACAUAACAAUAUAAGAUUGGUAUUAGAUUUAUUAGAUUAUAGGGAUUUAAUUGAAGAUGAUGGGGUUAUUUUGUUUUUUGACUUUUACAAAGCCUUCGACAUGGUUGAGCAUCCUUUCAUUAUACAAACACUGGAAUAUUUUGGAUUUGGGGAAAAGUUCAUCAGGAUAAUUGAAAUGUUAUAUAUUGAUAUUAAUAGUUAGAUUUCUUUGCCGUUUGGAACAUCAAGGCGUUUUGAAGUUAAACGAGGUAUUCGUCAAGGCUGUCCAUGCUCACCGUUAUUUAUUAUUGUGGCUGAAUUAUUAGCAAACCUUAUAAAAAACAGUCUAAACAUUCAGCCACUAAAUGUGAUGGGAAGUUUAUUGGUUAUCAGUCAGCUAGCGGAUGACACCACUUUGUUCUUAAAGGACACUGCACAGAUUCCGGCAGUACUGAAUGAGGUAUCUCUGUUUUCGAAAGCCUCUGGUUUACAUUUGAAUAUGAAGAAGUGUGAGUUAUUGGCUAUUCAUGAUCACCCUCUGAUUAAUGUGUAUAAUAUCCCAGUAAAGACUGAAGUUAAGUAUUUAGGGAUCAUAGUCACAAAAAAUAAAACUGUCAGAGAAACUUCUAAUAUAGUAAAUAACAUACAGCAUUGUAGGACUAUUCUUAAUAGUUGGCUCCAAAGAGACUUGCUUACUAAAAUGGAGAGUCUAUCUAGGCUUAUAUAUCCAGCCUAUUCAUUGGAUAUACCUGACAAUUUAAUCAAGAGAAUUAAUCAAUCAAAAUAAUUUCUACUUUAUUUGGAAAAAUAAGCAUCAUUAUUUAAGGAGAGGUGACAUUGUGAAAUCUAUUGAAGAAGGGGGUCUAAAUGCUAUUGACUUUGAUCCAAUGAAUGGUACCAUCAAAUUAAAAUGGUUACAAAGUUUUGUUAAACAAUGUGAAAGGUUUUUUUUUUAAAGGCUUUUGGUUUGAUUUUCCGUCGAAAAUCUUCAGGAAUUUUGGAGGCAUUUAAUUAAGAUGAGAACCAGUUACCUCUCCUUUCCACUUCCACCUAAGGCUAAAUAAGUUAAAAUAAUGAAUGUGGUCUAUUCAUGUAAUGAUUUUUUACUUAAAAGGUUUAAUUUAUAUUUGAAUAUUUGUACUUUUUGUAACGCAGACAUUGAAACCUUAGAGCAUCUUUUUUUCUCUCGUAGCCUAACUAGGACCUUUUGGGAUGCUUUCCAAUACUGGAUAACCUAUAAUGAUCAAACCAUUCCUAUUCUUACAUUUGAAAGCAUUACAUUUGGUUUAUAAGUGAAGGACAAAAAAAUAGACUUUGGAAUCAAUAAUUUAAUUAUAUUGGCUACAUUUUUUAUUCAUAAAUGUCGCUUUUUGAAAAUUAAUCCAAUCUUUAUUGCAUAUCUAAACAAAAUAAUUCAGUACAAAAAAUAUUUAAAAUCUUGCGUGAUUCAAAAAGCCCAGCAUCUUCAUAAGUAUCUUUGUACCCUAAUUCCUGACUGAUCACUUGCGUUUUUUAUUUUUUAUUUUAUUCUUUUAUUUUAUUGUUUAUUCCUUUUCUUUCUUUUUCACUCUCUAUCUUCUUUGUUUUGUUUUAUCGUUUUGUCGCUGUAAUUGGUCGCUCAGUAUUCUUUGAUGCAAAUGUUCUU